UUCAUCGAGCACUACGCGCAGCUGGGGCCCAGCCAACCGCCGGAGCUGGCGCAGGCCGCGGACGAGCCCCGGCGGGCCCUGAAAAGCGAAUUCCUGGUGCGCGAGAACCGCAAGUAUUACAUGGAUUUGAAGGAGAACCAGCGCGGGCGAUUCCUGCGCAUCCGCCAGACAGUCAACCGCGGUCCAGGCCUCGGCUCCACACAGGGCCAGACCAUCGCCUUGCCAGCCCAGGGGUUGAUCGAGUUCCGCGACGCCUUGGCCAAGCUCAUCGACGACUACGGCGUGGAGGAGGAGCCGGCCGAGCUUCCCGAGGGCACCUCCUUGACGGUGGACAACAAGCGGUUCUUUUUCGACGUGGGCUCCAACAAGUACGGCGUUUUCAUGCGGGUGAGCGAGGUCAAGCCCACCUACCGCAACUCCAUCACCGUCCCUUACAAGGUGUGGGCCAAAUUCGGGCACACUUUCUGCAAGUACUCGGACGAGAUGAAGAAGAUCCAGGAGAAGCAGAGAGACAAGCGGGCCGCCGCUGCCGCCGCCGCAUCCUCCUCCUCCUCCGGCGGAACAGAGCAGCAGCCGGAGACCGAAAGCAGCAGCAGCACCGCUAUCCCCACUGGCCCGCCGGGAGCCUUGCUGCAGGCGGAGGAGCCAGAGGAGGAUUGAUCUCCAUCUAUCUUUCCUCCCUCCUCCCCACAUCCCUCCUUCCCACUUGGCUGCCUCCUCCCUGCCCUGCUGCACAGAGACACUGGUAAUAAUGACAACAACACACAGAGAAAGACUUUAUACUGUAAGGGAGAGAAAGAGAGAAAACCAACAUCCACAAACCGAAAAUAAUGCAUACCGUUAAAUAUACCUGUUAUAACU